AUGAGCGGUUAUAUUUGUCCACAUUGUACAGAAUGCACUAAUUUAUUUGCAAACGGUGGUGGACAAUUACUGGCACAAGAAUAUCAUCUACCACUUUUGGGCAUGAUACCCACUGAUAAUCGAUUAAAUUCAAUACUUGAUCAAGGAAUAUAUUCAAAUAAAGAAGAUAAUCAAGAAAAGCAAUUCUUUGAAACAGCAAUGAAAAUAUGUUCAACAAUGGUGAAACAAAUAAUUGAACAAUGGUAA